ACUCUACCCACCUCUGCUCCUAGGCCUCAUUGAUCAUUGAUGAGCGUACAAACCUCAUUUUUUAAAUUAAUAUUGCCUACAUAGCAUUGUGUCCAAAGUUUUUUUUUCCCAAAUGAACAAACUUUCAGACUGCAAACCUUUUUGCAUGCAUUUAUUUCUUUUACAUUUACAUUUAUUCAUUUAGCAGACGCUUUCAUUCAAAGCGACUUACAAUGCACUCUCAGAAAAAAAGGUACAAAAAGCCGUCACUGGGUUUGUUACCUUUUUUACCCCUAAAAGAUGCAUAUUGUUACAUUAAACACAUAAGUACCUUAGUACCUAAAAUGUAAAUACCAGUACCUAAAAGGUACAUACAGUCAAACCAAAAUUUAUUCAGACACCUUCAACAUCUCACACAUUAUCAGUUUAUUCAAUGUAGUUUAGAAAAUGGUAAUAAAAUAUGACAAUACAUUUUGUCAUCAAUUUUAUUUGUAGUAUAAUAUGUAACAGUGUAUCUUAUUUUGCUAUACUCACAUUUAUAAAUUAACGCUUUCUGAGUAUAAUAUGUAACAGUGUAUCUUAUUUUGCUAUACUCACAUUUAUAAAUUAACUAUAAUUUCUAAACACACCUUUUUUUCUGAGGAGUGAGGAAUUGAGUGAUGACUGUGCUGUGAGAAUAUAGCAUGUGUUAUAUGACUAAUAGUAAUGUCACCAGCUCAUUAUGCAAACUUGCAUGGAGACACUAAAUGUGUUUUGAAUGCAAAAUGGGUUUAUGUCGCUGGAAAAACACACAAAAGAAGAUUACCUUGCUCAGAGAGUGGAAGACCAGUGAUCUUGAAGCAUCAGGUAAGUCAUCAGGUUUACAUAACAGAAUGUUAUGUUAAUACUGUACCAAUAAAUAUGUUUGUGAUAUGUCUGUUGUGGUUGAAAAUCCACUAUGGGAUUUCAGAAAUAAUAUCUGUCUGAUUUGAAUUUUGAAUUACUCGGCUGUGUCAAUAAGUUAACGAUAAACUUGAUAAUUAUGCAUGGGUUAUGUUUGUGACUUUAUAAUCCAUGUUCACUUUUAUAGCACUUUUAUAACAUUGUAACAUUGAAUCAGUCAGUUUAGUUUGAAUCAAUUCUAUUAUUUAAUAUGACUGAAUCAAAAAUAAAUAUCUCCUACACGUAAGAACUGCACAGCUUCAUAUUCCUCCCAAACAUACCAACAAUCCAUAUUAUCAUGUUUCAGCACAGGAGCCAUAAAAGAAAACAACAAUAAAAAAAAAAUGUAUGUAUCAGAUGUAUUCAUCUCUUUUUUUCUAGCUUGGUUGAACACCAGUUGCUGCUUAAAUCAACUGUCCUGAAAACCACAGAGAGUGCGUGAUGCUGUUUCAUCUUAUCUUCAUGUCACUGGUUUGCUCGGGGCUGUCAGUGGAGAGUUAUGGAAGAGAUUUCAUCACGGCAUUCCCAGAAAACACUGUCUACUACAAUCCACAGGAGUCCUACAACACGCUCCAAAUUACUGCUUUCUACAACGACACCCUCGUCGAAAUCACCAUCAACUACACAAAAGUGUUUCAUGAUAAACUACGAUCUGGGCAGACUAAAAUUGUGCAUUUUCCCAAGUACAACGAGCAAUUUCAGUUCACAAACUUCCCUCUUUUUGCCAGAGUCAACAGCACCCAAAAGAUCGUGGUGCUUUGGCUCAGUCAGCGCGGGAGCAGCGUGCAGUCUAAUGUCGUUCAACCUGUUACAAAUCUCGGAAAGUGGUAUUCAAUCCCAUUUAUCAAUUACAAUCAGAUGAUGGCAUCCUUGUACAAUAUGUCAGAUCAGUUAGCUCCGGACAGCUGGAGAUACAAUUCGUUCAGGCUGAUCAUUAUCAAUGCUGAGAACUCUGAUAACUUAAUCACCGUCCAAAGUAUCAGUCCGGAUGGUCCAAAAGCAUUUAAUAUUACGCUCAGGCCUUACAAACUUUACCAGUUCCAAACUAAUGGCUCUGAGAUUCAGCUGGACUCUUCUGGAAAGGUGGCUGUGCUGUUAACCCACCCAUGUGUAGAAACUGCAGGAUGUGAUUGUAAUAUGGUGCUGAGCCACGUUCUCCCCCGAAAUCUGUGGGGUGACACGUUUCUUGUGCCGUCUGUGAAGAACCUGAAUACAGCCUGGCUGCAAGUGACUAACACAACGGAAGUAAGGCUCAAAGGCGUGAAUAUAAAAACUCAGCAGUUCAAUUCUUCAGAGCUCAUUCCCUUCCCAGAGCUCAAGAGUGCGUCUCAGUUAAUCAGUUCAACAAAUAAGGUGUCCAUCAGACUUAUUAGUCCAGGUUUUGUCUUAGAACUCAUACCAGAAACCAUGUUCGCCGCUUGUUACCUGGUUCAGAUGAACUCGACAGAAGAGAUCUGUGUCGCUUAGUGGCACGCAUGUCAUCUGGCAUCCAACCUCCAAGAUUGGAGUGUACAUGUUUGAGACGAUGGAAGGUGAAAUUCCUUACGGAAGCCCAGCUGUCAUUUUAAAUGAUGACCCAGAUCGUGAUGGCUGUGUGGCAGAUUCUACAAAUUAUAUGACCAACUUUCUGCAAAACAACAUUGGUCCUGGGUAUCUGUGGAUCGGUCUGCGGCGCAGUCUGUUCACGUCAGAGUGGUACUGGCUGAAAGGCAAUGACAGCAAAUAUAGCGUGAGCUUCACGAAGUGGGCCAAUGGGCAUCCAGAUAUUCCCCAGAAAGCGUUGUGCGCUGCUGUGUCCAAAGAUUCCAACAAGGAGUUUUCCUGGAAGAGUGUGUCCUGUUGCUCUAAGCUUAGGUCCCAUCUGCUACCAA